CUCAAAGUUAAUCAUCCUCAGAAACUUCAGUGCACUGAAACUGAAUAGGUCUCCGGUUUCAUUUAGCUUAUUGCCAGUCAUAUUUAAAAUCUGAAAUGUUACAGAAUGGCAUUUAUCUUGUUUGGCUUCUGUUAUUGUUUGGGUUGAGUAACAGUGGAUCAUUGAAAGAGCCUCGUCCAGAGCUUUCAGAUCAGGAGCUUUUCUGGGGAGCGGAUCAGUAUGACUUUGCCAUCAUGCUGCGCGCCGGAGACCUCCAGUGCUUCUGGCACUUUGCUCACUAUGGAGAGCGCUUCUACUUACACUUCAUGGUCCAGCUGGUGACUGGUGUGGCCCUUGAUACACAUCUGUCUGUGAUUGUUAAUGCGCCGAGCGGCUUAAUAGUCGGCAAAGUUGACGAUGCAAGUGGUCAGAUUGGCUUCAGUGUUGAGGAGACUGGUUUUUAUCAGAUGUGCUUCAGCAAUUUCCACAAUCGCUUUGGAAGCAUGCAGAUUUUCCUGAACUUUGGUGUGUAUUAUGAGGGACAAGAGACCACUGAGAAACAAAAGGAAGAAGAGAAGAAAAAGAAAGAAGAGGAUAUGAAACAAAUAAACAGUACAUUGUCCUUCAUUGAGGAGAGCAGCGUCAGACUGCAGAAGUUUGUCUUCCACAUGUGGCGUCACUACAACUACGAGCGAAUGAGACGAGGAGCUGAUUUCUACCUGCUUCAGUCCAACUCCACUUAUGUGAACAGCUGGUCUGCUGUUCAGAGUCUCGUCAUCAUCACCGCUGGAUUCCUGCAGCUCCGCUUCCUCAAGAGGCUCUUCAACAGCAAACCAGCAGAGGGCGACAAACCCCGCUGUUAACAAACACUAAACCUGCGACUGUUCAUCUCCAAACCAGCAGAGGGUGACAAAGCCCACUGUUAACAAACACUAAACCUGCGACUGUUCAUCUCCAAACCAGCAGAGGGCGACAAACCCCGCUGUUAACAAACACUAAACCUGCGACUGUUCAUCUCCAAACCAGCAGAGGGCGACAAACCCCGCUGUUAACAAACACUAAACCUGCGACUGUUCAUCUCCAAACCAGCAGAGGGUGACAAAGCCCACUGUUAACAAACACUAAACCUGCGACUGUUCAUCUCCAAACCAGCAGAGGGCGACAAACCCCGCU